UCUUCCCGUCGAGGCAUUUAUUUUCCCACCACCGUCGGCCACGAGCCAGGCCUUUCCUCCGAAGAACGCCUAUCCGCAAUUGUUCCCGUCGACUCCAACUCGACCUGCAAUUUCUCCCAGUCUGGCGGCGCCUGCCCCCGCCUCACGCCAUGCACACGCCUUCUCUCGCCCAUGAUCGUCUCUGGUCUCCGUUGCUGUUGCUGUUCCCGUUGCGAUGAAGUUUGGUCACGCGUUCCAGGAGGCCCUGAAGGCGGACUGCUACCCGCGGCACUGGGUGGAAAAGGCUGUCCCCUAUCGCCAGCUCAAGAAGAUCCUGGGCAAGAUCCGAGAGGAACUCAUCCGAAAUGGCUACGACCCGGACACGCUGCACCAGCUCCUGGCAAACCAUCACGCCGAGUAUCGUCUAGAACCCGACCCUUCUCACCUGCUGCGGCCUAAGCUGGUGGUACGCCCCAGGCUCAGUACCCUCUCACUAGAACAUGCGGUAGUAGAGGAGCCCGGAUCCCUCGCCACGGAGUCGGCAUCGCCGUCAGUACCGGAUGGCGCUGAUACCGCCCCGCCGGACCUGAUUCCAAACCACGACCCGGUGUCCGACGACGGAUGGGUGAAGAUUCCCCUGGAUUCAGACGCGAGGUUUUUCCGAGUCCUCCAGGACGACGUCAGCCAGCUCGACACCCUUCAGGAAGAAGAGCGGCAUUCGAUGCACGACAAGAUCCACGCGCUCGGCGCAGAGAUAUCGGAUCUAGCCCGGCCGCGGCGGAGCAUCAACUUUUCCAAGUCGGACUUGUACCGCUGGCGCGAGAUCUUUGAGCUGUACCUGGCCGCGCAGGUGUUCUUCUCCACGGCCGAGGCCUCGGUAGGGCCACGGGACAGCGAGCGGGCGCAAAAGCAGCUCGUCUGGUUCCAGACCGAGGUCAACAAGCGGCAGCUACUCCAAAAGUUCAAGCUGGCGGCCAGCGUGGCCGCCUACUCGCACUUCCUGACGCUGAAUGCGACUCUGUUGCAUAAUCUCCAGUUCCAGGAGUUGAAUCGGACGGCGGUCACAAAGAUCAUUAAGAAAUUCGACAAGAGGACCUCCCUGGGCAUAAAGGCGACCUUGCCGAAGCUCAUGUACUCGGCCCACUUCAUCUCGGAAACCAUCUCCCAGGAUAUCUGUGCCCAGAUAGCCAACGAAGUGGUCAAUCUCGUUCCACAGGUGGUGGACUUUUCUUGCUCGAUCUGCUUUUCUAUCUGCUGGUUACCUGUCCGUCUAGACUGCGAUCAUCUCUUCUGCAUCCGGUGCAUGAUCAAGAUGCAGCAUCAGAACAAGCGGUUCUGUCCGUUGUGCCGGGCCGACGUGGUCCAGCGCGCCAACGAAAGCCACAUCGAUGACAAACUCGCUCGUUUCCUGGAGAAAUGGUUUCCCAAGGAGACCAAGGAGAAACAGGCUUACAACGAGCUCGAGCGCCGCAAGGAAUUGCUCGGCGAGGCGUUUGUCCAUGAUACCCCUGAUGCGUGCGUUGUAAUGUGAGCAAUACGAACAGGAGUACAUGAUUGCGUGCUUGUUAUGAGAACGACACUCAGGAUAGCCGUCAGGCACGAAGCGAAGACAUG